AUGGAGGAACUGAAGAAGCUCGAGCACCUCUCGCUCGUUUCAAAAAUCUGCACGGAGCUCGAUAAUCAUUUUGGAUUAGGUGACAAAACUCUGGCGGAAUUCAUUAUCCAUUUGGCUGAACAGCAUGGGAGUUACAAAGAUUUUCACAAGGCUCUCGGCGAAGGCGGAGGAUCGGAUUUUCCGGAAUCCUUCACGCAGAACCUUCACCGAAUCAUCACUCGGAUGCGAGAAGCUUCAAAAAAGGACGGCUUCGAGGCCGCGGCUGCUGCGGUGUUCGAAGAUGAUGAUAAGAGGAAAAAAUUCCCUGGACUGGCCAUUCCCAACGAUCGCACGAAAGCUGAAGCCCUCUUCAAAGAGGAAGCCGACGAGAGCGAUCUCAAAGUUGCGGAAGAUGCUCUGGCAGAGCUCGAAGCCCUCGCGCCGGGGGAUGACAAGGAUACGAGAUCCUCGCAGAAACGGAAAAGAUCGCGUUCACGAGAACGCAAACGAUCCCCGGCUCGUCAGAAAGGAAGAUCCAGGUCCCGUGACCGCCGGCGAUCUCGUUCGCGCGAUGGGCGAAGAUCGCGAUCGCACGAUAGGAAACGAAGUCAACGUAGUCGGUCGCGUGAUCGCCACCGAGAUCGAUCCAGAGAUCGACACCGGGAUCGAUCCGAUGACCGCCGCAGGGAUCGAUCGCGAGACCGCAGACGGGACCGAUCGGGAGACCGCAAAAGGGACGGCAAUGAUGAGCGUGGGGACCGUCGCGGCCGAACCGGUGGGGGCGGUCGACCCCCGAGAGAUGCUCGUCCUGUCCAGAAUAAGAUCUAUGAGGGGAAAGUCAAUCAGAUACUCAAGUUUGGCGCUUUCGUUCGUCUUGAGGGCGUCGAGGGCAAAGUCGAUGGUUUAGUUCACAUAUCGGAGCUGAGCAAAACCGGACACGUCAAAGACGUCGCUGAUGUGGUCAACCGGGGAGAUUCGGUCAAAGUCAAGGUCCUCUCCACAAGCGGGAACAGGGUAUCCCUGUCGAUGAAACAGGUUGAUCAGAACACCGGCGAAGAUUUGAACCCGGCAGAUGAGCGACGGGUUCGGGUUCAAGAGGAUGACGACGAACCGAGACCUGGUCCGAGCCGACGAGGCAUGGAAGGCCUCGGUCAGUACGAGGAUGUCGAUCAAGACGUCGACAACAAACGAAGAGUCAACAAAAUUUCCUCGCCCGAACGCUGGGAACUUCAGCAAAUGUUAGCUGCAAACUGCAUCGACAAAUCGCAGCUACCAGACUUCGACGAAGCUACGGGGUUAUUGCCUAAAGAUGACUCGGACGGAGAGGAUAUCGAGAUCGAGAUGGUGGAAGAAGAACCAGCUUUCCUCUCAGGCCACGGUCGCCAAUCUAUCCAUGAUCUAGAUCCGGUUCGAAUCGUCAAAAACCCAGACGGGUCUCUCGCUCAGGCCGCUAUGAUGCAGAGCGCCCUUGCCAAGGAACGCCGAGAGUUGAAACAACAAGCCCGAGAGGCAGAGAUCGAGGCGGCCCCGGAAAACGUGAAGAAACAGUGGAUAGAUCCGAUGCCUGAAAUCGAAGGCGGGCAGCGAACCUUGCCGAGUGCAGCGCGGGCCCUGCCUACAGCCACCGAACUUCCCGAGUGGAAAAAAGCUGUCACCGCUGGCGGCAAGGCAACUUUCGGCAAACGCACAAACAUGACGAUCCUGGAACAACGGCAAUCUUUGCCAAUUUACAAACUGAAAGAUGAACUUGUGAAGGCCGUCAUGGACAAUCAAAUUCUCAUCGUCAUCGGUGAGACAGGAUCCGGAAAGACCACCCAGAUGACUCAGUAUCUCGCGGAAGCCGGGUUCACAACCCGAGGAAAAAUUGGGUGCACUCAACCGAGAAGAGUAGCGGCCAUGUCGGUUGCUAAACGAGUGUCUGAAGAAUUCGGUUGUCGGCUAGGUCAGGAAGUUGGAUACACGAUCCGUUUUGAAGAUUGUACCUCACCGGAAACUCAAAUCAAGUACAUGACGGAAGGAAUGUUGCUCAGAGAAUGCCUGAUUGACCCCGAUUUGAAACAGUACUCCUUGCUCAUGCUCGACGAGGCUCACGAGAGAACGGUCAACACCGAUGUUUUGUUCGGUCUAUUGAAAACAACCAUCCAGAAGCGUCCGGAAUUGAAACUGAUUGUCACGUCCGCCACCCUGGACUCGGUGAAGUUUUCCUCGUAUUUCUACGAGGCCCCGAUCUUCACAAUCCCUGGGAGGACAUUCCCGGUAGAGAUUCUCUACACUAAAGAACCGGAAACGGAUUACCUCGAUGCCUCACUGAUAACGGUGAUGCAAAUUCAUCUUACGGAGCCACCCGGGGACAUUCUCGUCUUCCUCACGGGUCAAGAAGAGAUCGAUACCUCUUGCGAGGUGCUCUAUGAGCGCAUGAGAGCUCUGGGGGCCCAAGUUCCAGAAUUGAUCAUCCUCCCGGUGUACUCGGCGCUUCCGUCAGAGAUGCAGACCAGGAUCUUCGAUCCCGCCCCGGCUGGAUCUCGGAAAGUGGUGAUAGCCACUAAUAUCGCCGAAACCUCAUUGACGAUCGACGGAAUUUACUACGUUGUGGAUCCAGGUUUCGUGAAGCAGAAUGUUUACAAUCCCAAGACGGGAAUGGAUGCCCUUGUCGUCACCCCGAUCUCCCAGGCCCAAGCGAAGCAGAGAUCGGGUCGAGCCGGUAGGACAGGACCCGGCAAGUGUUACAGACUAUACACGGAGAGGGCGUACCGAGACGAAAUGUUGGCCACACCGGUGCCCGAAAUCCAACGGACGGACUUGGCCAUAACGGUGCUGCAGCUGAAGGCCAUGGGCAUCAACGACCUGCUUUCGUUCGACUUCAUGGACGCUCCGCCCCCUGAGUCGCUCAUCAUGGCCCUGGAGCAACUUCAUUCCCUCGGAGCUCUCGAUGACGAAGGUCUCCUGACUCGUCUCGGAAGGAGAAUGGCCGAAUUCCCAUUGAGUCCGCAGCUCGGGAAACUUCUGAUUAUGUCGGUGCAUCUGGCUUGUUCGGAGGAGAUUCUCACGAUCGUGUCCAUGCUAUCGGUGCAGAAUGUUUUCUACCGACCGAAGGACAAGCAGAAUAUUGCCGAUCAGAAGAAAGCGAAAUUCAAUCAAGCCGAAGGAGAUCAUCUGACUCUGCUAGCUGUAUAUAACUCGUGGAAGAACAGCAAGUUCAGCCCGGCGUGGUGUUACGAGAACUUCGUCCAAAUGAGAACUUUGAAACGCGCUCAAGAUGUACGCAAGCAGCUGUUGAGCAUAAUGGAUCGUCACAAGCUGGACGUAGUUUCGUGUGGCAAAAGUAUCGCGAGGGUGCAGAAAGCGAUAUGCUCCGGAUUCUUCCGGAACGCAGCGAAAAAAGACCCACAGGAGGGUUACAGAACCCUUGUCGAUGGCCAGGUGGUGUACAUACACCCCAGUAGCGCUCUCUUUAAUCGACAACCCGAAUGGGUGGUAUACCACGAAGUCGUUCUCACGGCCAAGGAGUAUAUGAGAGAGGUCACGACCAUCGAUCCCAAGUGGCUCGUGGAAUUCGCGAGCUCGUUUUUCCGAUUUGCGGAUCCCACGAAGCUCUCGAAGCACAAGAAGAAUCUGAAACUCGAGCCUCUAUACAACAAAUAUGAGGAGCCGAAUUCGUGGAGAAUUUCUCGCACCAGAAGACGGAGAAAUUGA